AUGUCAUCAUAUCAUUUUGUCCACGCCAAAAUUAACAACAUCGUGAUUGCAGUUUCUUCGAGGGCUCUGUUUGACUUGUCAGUUGAACAUGAAGUCUACAACACUGGCGGCAUUGAUGCUUUCGUGACUUACCAGUCCGAACACGUGUCUGAGCCGUGUAAACCUGGUCUGAAGUUCGCGAGGGCGUCAAUGACAGAAGGAAACAGCCCUGUUGAUUACCUGCGAGCAUGGAACACUGCCUUAUAUUUGGGUGCAGACGAGAACCACGUGAAAGUAGCCCUUGAGAACGGGAUAGCAGCAGCAGUUGUCAAGAAUCAGAAAAUAACGCCACCAACCGAACAAUUACGAAUUGUAUUCGACGGCGAUGCAGUGUUAUUUUCGGACGAUUCUGAACGAAUUUUUCAAGCAGAAGGAGCUGCGAAUUCGAAGAAUAUGAAACUGAACAUGAGAAUGAACCCAUUGGGGAGGGCCCCUUGCAACUUUGCAACGAUUCUUGGUAAAGUGCAGAAUGUGCUGGUUUCUACUUUGUCCAUUGACAACCCAAUUCGUACGUAUUUGAUCACGGCUCGUGGAAUGAAUAGUGCGGGUGGUGGCGACGAUAGUGGUACCUCGGGUGGUGGCGAUGACAGUGGCAAAACAGGUGAUGGCGACGAUAGUGGUACGUCGGGUGGUGGAGAUGACAGUGGCAAAACAGGUGAUGGCGACGAUAGUGGUACCUCGGGUGGUGGAGAUGAUAGUGGCAAAACAGGUGGUGGUGGUGGUGGUGGUGGUGAUGAUGGCGACGGUAGUGGCAAAACAGGUGGUGGGGAUGAUAGUGGUACCUCGGGUGGUGGAGAUGAUAGUGGCAAAACGGGUGGUGGAGAUGAUGGUGUGGGCGAGUAUAGGGAUAGUUGGUACAAGAUGAUGCUUACAGUAUGA